AUGCAAUGCCAGCAGGGUCCAAAAAUUUUGGAGGCUUGAAAUAGAAGUCCGGUCAAAAGAGAUCUUUCCGUUGCUGCAGUCAACAAGCUUGGACCAACCAACGGUUCACACUGAUCGGUAAGCGAGGGAACCUUGAGUACUGGAGGUCUUAGCACCUUCAGACAAGCAAUUUGCCCCUCCCAUCCCGACGGCAUUUGGGCCCCAUGAUAACCCUCAUUGACCCAGAGAAGUUCCUCGUUUGAAAGCUCCAGCAUUCUUCAUCUUCCAACAGACUGAAUCAAACGCAAAAUGUCCGGAACGAUCAUCAUCACAGGCGCAAAUGGAUCGCUUGCAGUUCCUUCAGUUGAAUAUUUGCUUUCACAUUAUCCUGACUACACGGCCAUUUUGACGGUACGAAACACUUCCGACUCCGAUGAGAACACCGCAAGGCUCAAGCAAACGAUAGCGAGAUUUCCCAAAGCCACAACAUCAAUUCGAAAGUUGGACCUCUCUUCUCUCGCCGACGUCCAGGAAUUCGCCACUACCAUAUCAUCUGAAAUAGCAACAGGAUCACUAGGAAAAAUUGCCGCUGUCAUAUGUAACGCCUAUAUCUGGAGUAUCAACGAUGGACUACGGUUCUCCCAAGAUAAAUAUGAGUUAUCCUUCGCAGUGAACCAUUUAGCACACAUGUCCUUGGUCUUGCGAUUACUGGGCAGCUUCAGAUCUGACGGAAGAAUCGUGUUUCUUGCCAGUGAUGCUCAUUAUCCGGGUAAAAAUGGAUUGGAGAAAUAUCCUCCAGGGAUUCCAGACAAUAUUGAGCUUCUUGUGAAGCCAGAACCAGAUACUGCAGGCGAAGAAGUUGGUCGAGGGUUCCAGAGAUAUGGCAAUUCCAAGUUAGCAGUAAUAAUGGGAACCUAUGAGCUAAACAGACGACUUCAACAGGUAGGAAGUUCAAAACGAUACUCUUUGUAAUUAUCUGACUCGAUAUAGGACCCAAAUUUGAAAGACAUUACGGCGGUUGCUUUGGAUCCUGGCGGACUCCCGGACUCGAAAGCAAUGCGAUCGGGCGUCCCUGGUUUGUGGAAAUAUGGAAUGAAAGUCCUGGGAGCAUUUCAGCCAAUCAUGAAAUAUGCAAUCCCAACGUUGCGUUCUGCGAAACUAGCCGCAGUAGAUCUGAUUGAAUUGGCCGUUGGCAAAAAAUACAUUGGAACGAAGGGGUUCUAUGAGAUGUCUGAGCCUUCCCAGAGCUCUCCUGAAAGCAAUGACGAGACCAAGCAGCAAAAGCUAUGGACGAAGACUUUGGAAUGGGCACAUAUGACAAAAGACGAUGCUUCUCUCACAACAGCCUUUUGA